GAGGAUGUGAUAAAAUAAUACUUUCUGGUGCUCCACGCUGCUCCGUUCAACAAACAAAAUUCGACAAUUUUCGCAUCAUGUCAUCGCAUCUCAAUUUCUUCUCCUCACUGAAACAGGUUGAAAAGAGGUUAAAAUUAGACCAAACAUCAGCAGCAAUAGAAUCUCAGAUACAAGAAAGCACUUUGGGCUCUCCCAUAUUCCUCCAAUCUAAUUGUAGCCAGAAUUGUCCCUCCCAAGACAGCAGUGAACCUCCACAAGCAUUCCUCUCCGUUCCCCAAGAAUUUCCAGCAACCUAUCAAAACCCUUCUCAAAUAGAUCAUGUUACUCCUGUAAAUGAAGCUGAAGAUGAUGAUGAUGAUGAUGAUGACAUUGAGCAGUUAAUGCAGCUUUUGGGAUUAUCAGAGGAACAAGAGCAAAGGGAUGAUAAUUUUGAUGAUUGUGGUUCUUGUCACUGUGAAGGUGGAUUUUAUGCAAAAGUUGUUGGUGUGGAAGGGCCAAAGUGUAGGAAAGAGGUGGUGAGGUUAGAUGGGUGGAUCAAGCACUUUCUGAAUGGUGGCGGGCAAGAGAAGCUAGAGCCUUUGAGAUUGGCACACCUGCUUUUAGGGAAAGCCGCUUUUGUUUCUGAUGGUGGUGCUUAUAGAGAAUUGGACUUCCCUUCAACCAUUCAAGAAUUUCUUCAUACUGAUUCUUCCUGUAAUUGAGGCAACCCCAUUUUCAGAUUACUCUUUAGCCUUGGUGUCUACUUUAUGAUCCAAGAAUUGGUUGGUUGGUGGUGUUUAUCAUUUAGCAAGACAGUGUUGUUUGAAGCUUCACAAGGGCAGAUAACACCUCAUUCAUAUUGGGUCUCUGUUCAGGAUCAGGUAUGGUGCAGCACAGAGAUAGCUUAAAG